AUUAGUAUAAAACGCUUUUGGAGAAACGAACAAUAACAAGAUGGCAAACGGAGACGACAACACAGAUUUACCAAUUAUUCUGCAAGAGUUGAAUUCUUUUGAGAGUCGUUUGACAGAAAAUGAUACAAGAACAUUACGUCUACAAGAUGGAAAUUCGUGGUGGACUAGAGAAAAUGACAUGUUGGACAGUUUGAAAGAAAAACUAGAAAAUAAACCUGACGUUUUUAAAGAACGGUAUUUAAGGUACAAGGAAAACAAAAAGUAUGGCGUCGAUGAAAAGGGAAAAGCCUUUGAAGUAAAUACAAAACAAUCGAAUCUAUUCGAAUACGAUACAGUAUUAGUUAACUGUCAAAAGGCUCUUGUUGAAGGUCUAUUGGUAAAGUUUACUGAUUAUAGAUACACGUAUUACAUUUGUAAACCAGACGGAAAGUACCUGAUUCCUUUCUUUGAUAAGAAGAUACCAACACUUUAUCGUGUCCAUCGUUAUACAGUGAAAUCACGAAAUGAUACGUCAAUUUCCGAUGGUGUACUUGUAUUUAAAUUUGACCCAAUUAAAGAAGGUAAAAUUACGGCCCUGUCCGAAAUAAUUGAUCGAAGAGAUAGAGAAAAAUACUAUUACAUUUGUAUCUAUCUCAAGUGGAACAGUGAGUUUAAUUGUCCAUUGUGUCUGACUGUUGGUAAGAUUCAAAAAGAAUAUUUGUUUUAUCCGGAAGUACUUCAACAGAUUUUAAAAAUAACACAACCAGUUUUUGAGAUAAAGUCUAAACUCCCGCAACUUAGCAAAACAAAACAAUACGCCUUCGACCGGUCAAUAAAAUCAUAUAUCAUAACAGAAAGUCAAUCAACAGACAACGAAAUUGAAUGUAUGUUCUCUGUACAAUCUUUAAGAAAGAACGAAUACUUAAUUGGCAUCCAUAUAGUCGACGCCUCAUUCUAUAUUGAAUCAGAUCAUUUUAAGGAGAGUUUAUAUAAAGGAAGAUCUUUUAAUUUUGGCGAAAAUGCUACUUUACCUCUCUUCGAUAAAAGCGAAAUGGAACGUCAUCCAAGUUUUAACAGCUAUGUCCAUACUAUUUCCAUAUUUUUUCAAUAUAACAGUAAAACGACAAAAAUAAAGCAUAAGGAAGAAAAAAGUCUUAAAAUUAGACAACCUAUAGUCAUCACCUACGAGAAGGUCCAACAAGUCAUAGAUAAUGAAAUUGAAGAUUACCCUGAUUUACGUGCACUGUAUGAAUUCUCGAAAGUUUCAAGAAAGCAAAGACUUGAUCAUCAAAAUUACUCAGAAGAUAUUGCCUUCAAGAAAUGGGAUAUAUACGAUGCUUUAUUAAUGGUUCAAGAACUUCACAUUCAAGCAAAUGUUGCUUUAACUCAACUAUUACUGCAAAAUGAUAAAGACUAUGUCCCUUAUGGACAUGUUGAAGAAUGGUGGACUAUUAAAUCAAACGGAAAGAAUGUUACGUAUGAUAAAGAUAAUGAAAGCCACGUUCCAACAGAUGACAAUAUUGUUUUUAUAAAGGAAUUAUGGAAUAUUAUUAGAAUUAAUUUGGCUCAGAAAAAGUACGAAACUAUAAGAAAAAUCCUUCUACAAAUAGAUCAUCGUCCUCUUGAAAAACUCUCCUUUAUCGAGAGAUCACCUCAUUUUGCUAAAUUCAAAGUCGAUGAUGAGAGUUAUUCAUUAGACUCAACCAUAAUGACAUUUACAUCACCUAUGACCAGAAUCAUUGAUGUAUUUAAUCAGUAUCGUUUGUUUUAUGAGGAUCCGGAGGAUAUUUCAGCUAGCGAAGAAGAUUUCUUACGAAUUCUAAUGUCGUUCAACGAUAAAAAUUCCAUAAUUAAUGCCUUACAUGAAGAAUUUGUGGAAAAGCAUCAUGGAAAUGGAUUCACUAAAAGAAAGAAAGCUACUUGUAUUUCCCUAGAUAAGAAGAGAAACUUAAUUUUACUCAGUGUAGUUCAGCCAAAGACUUAUGAACUGAAUGAUAUUGAAUUGAAUAUUGUCAAUUUUGGAACAUUUAAUAAGAGCAUGACAAGUGACAGCUUAAAAUUAGAAUGGAAAGAACGUAUUUUCCAUGUAAAUGAACAACAAUACGAGAGCGACGAAUCGGAGUUUAACUUCAAUUUGAAGGAUCAAGUUCUUAAAAUAUCCACAAAACAAUGGAAAAUAAUCUUGGAAACUAUUGAAAAUCCAAACGGAAAGGAGGCUUUAAUAUCUGACCUAAUAAAUGAAAUUUACCCGGAUGAAAACGAAGAAGAAGUCAGAGUAUGCUCCAAAGAUAUUGAUACUGUGGCAUUCUCUUUAUUAGUGGAAAAGGGUAAUGUUAUUGAUGUCAUUAUUGGCUCUUCAACAACUAAGCCUACAAUUAGACCGCAGUAUUUGUUCAUUAAGCAUAAUCUUGGUUUUUGUAUGGAUCAUAUUGAAGAUCCAUUUCAUUGUUUCUGUGAAAGUAUCAACUAUGAAAACGAGAAAGAUACAACCUACGAAAGUAAAGAAGAAUUUCUAAAAAUAUGGUCACCUGUAUUAAAUUUUCAAAGUGUUAAAAUGGCCAUUAAAUAUGGUGAUAGAUUUACUUUGAAUAACGUUAAUGUUCGUUACCGUGACGGUUACUGCGUCUUUCAACUGGAACAAUCGCUUUUUAAUGAUAAAAUGAUAGAAAUUGAAAAAGGAGAUUACUUUUGCAUAAGUCAACAAGUUCCCAAUACCAAUACCGCAUUAAAUAAUGAUCUAUUUGAGAAUAAAAGCUCAUUUUGGAUUUGUCACGGAGUCUGCAUUGAAAAUGAUAAUAUCAUAAAGAUAGAGAUUAUCUCAUCUUCAAAUUAUGAUUUUCCACCCGAUCAUCUAAAUGCUACUAUAAAAGUUUAUCGAAAGUUGAAUGAGUAUAAGGAAAAAGAUAGAGUAUUGAAUGAUUUGCUGCCGAACCUUAAAAAAGAUACUUUGAUCCAUAAAAUAAUAACAAAUUACAAUACCAAUUCGAAAGUUGAUUUGAAGGAAAUCUCUAUUGUUUCCAAAAUAAAAGGCUUAAAAAACCUGAAAAAAAAACAGAAAGAAGCAGUUGAAUUUGCUCUUCAACGACAAUUUUCAGUCAUUAAAUCAGCAGAUACCGUAUUAAACGGUAAAUUGAUUACUUUUAUUGCGUAUGGAAUACUUGAAGACAAAGAUAAAUCAUCUGAGAGGAUAUUAAUUUGUUGUCCAUCAGCAAAAUCUGGAAAUAAUGUGAUAAAAAAUUUAAUGAAAAUAACAACAAAAGACUCGAAAAUACUGAACUACAUUCAAGUAUUUAGCGACGUUACAGAAAAAGCCGAUUGUAAACUUAGGAAUGAUCUGGUGGGUUUCUUUUCGAGCGAGGAUAAAAAGGAACCUGUCAUAUUGAAAGAGAAAGCUUUGCAUCAUAUCAUUCGUGAAGGAAAGUAUUCGAAAGAAAUACUAGAAAUGGAAAAAAACCCUGUGAGUUUCAAUAGAAAAGAUUAUAAGGAGUUGGUUAAAAAAGCCAAAAUAGACGUAUUAAAAGAGGCUGAUGUUGUUAUAACAACAUGCAAACUUUGCAGUUUAGACUGUAUUCAACAAUCUGGAAAGUUUACCCAUCUUAUUAUAAAUGACGCUGGAAAAUGUAACGAAAUGGAUUCUCUUAUCCCGCUACUUAAUUAUCAACCUGAAAACAUUAUUCUUAUUGGUAAUCGAAAACCACCAAGUUUAAUAUUCAACACCAAAACUUUUCCAAAAAGUUUAGGUCAAACAUCUUUGUUUAAAAGAUAUUCGAAGAAUGAGAGUGACAUACUUUUUUCGGUUGAUGUAGAGAAGAAGAAGAAAAGAAGAAAAUGA